CUCGUCUUCGACCUCUUUGGAGAGGGGGGUGUCUGUUAUGUUUGCCUGGCAGCUGACAGCGUUGGCAAUUGCUAACAAACACGGCGAAGAUGAGCUUGUUCACGACCAUGGAAAAGAAGCAGGUGAUCAUUGACACGGACUGCGGCAUAGACGAUGCUCAGGCCAUCAUGAUGGCUCUGGCAGCCCCCAACAUCCAGAUUGUGGGUGUCACCUGUGUGUUUGGGAACGCGGCAGUGGAACAUGUGUGUCAGAAUGUCCUGAGGGUGCUCUCCGUCUGUGAGCGGAAGGGGUACAUUCCCGUGUUUAAGGGUUCUGGUGGUCCUCUGGUUGGAGCCAGUACCCCAAUCAGUGACCACUUUGGAACCGAUGGUCUUGGAGACGUGAUUAAAGACAAAGACCCGCAGUGGGAGGAGAAAAUCCAGAGAGAGCAUGCAGUGAAUGCAAUGAUCAGGCUGGUGACUGAAAACCAGAAGCAGGUGUCCUUGGUGGCCCUCGGCCCGCUCACUAACCUGGCGUUGGCUGUCAGACUGGAUCCAAGUUUUCCCCAGAAGCUCAAAGAUUUGUUCAUUAUGGGAGGAAACAUGGAAGGAAAAGGAAAUGUGACUCUAUGUGCAGAGUUUAACUUUGCAAUGGAUCCGGAGUCGGCUUACAUUGUUCUUGAAGAGUUUCUCUGCCCGACAUAUGUUGCAUCAUGGGAAUAUGCUUGCAGAAACGGACUAACCUGGGAUUUCUUCAAAGAGUUGAUCAACCAGGAUACGCCUGCUGCAGCCUUUAUGAAGAUGAUAACAUCUGAAUGCUGGGCGUACUCUGAAGACGCCAUGCUGAACAAGAGAGAUGUGUACUUUGGACCUGCCUUUGUCUCUUAUGAUUCAUACGCCAUGUCGGCGUGUAUUGACAGCAGUUUGGUCACAGAGAGAAUCGAGUGUCCGGUCCGUGUGGAGCUGCAGGGUUCAAUCUGUCGUGGUAUGAUGGUACUGGACCGCACAAAUCAGCUGAAGAAAAGCCACAGUGUGUUUGUUUUGACUCAAUGUGAUGCUGCAAAGUUUAGUCAGUUACUCAUGAAUUCUCUCAGACAGCCGUGUAAGAAGUAAUCUUUAAAAACAAAUGUGUCAUCUUGGACUAAAUUAAGUUUGAAUGUUCUGAACUAAAGUGAGGACUUCAGCUGAAAUCCUUUUCUUACAUUUUCUGACAAAUAAAGAUGCAUCUCAUGAUG